AAAAAGUUAAAUCAGUAUUUCUUCAUCUUUGUCCCCUCCUCUUGCCUGAGAAAAAUCAAUAGCUUAUGGUUUACGGAAUUUAAUUCAGUGAUGAAAGUCAAAUCGUAACACUGCUGCUUGAUUUUGACCUUGUUCUUUUCUCCAAGUUUUCACUACCUGAUCAUCUCAGUUUUGCAGCUCCAUCUCCACUUUAUACGCUUGAAUUACAGGGAGGAUAUGCAUUUAUAUGUAUAUAUACCAAGGCAUUGAAGCAGGAAUAGGGCUGUGGGGGAGCUUGGGAAAUACGGUUUCCAUGGCGGAUCGUGUUCAAAUAUUUCAAGGGGUUAGGGCUUACGGUGAUGAAGUCAUUCAUGGCUGCUUUUCAAAGGUUGGUGUUGGACGCCUCAAGGGAUUGGUCUCAACAACUACUACCUUCAUAUUCUUCUUCUUCCUCCUUAUUGCUGCUCUGCUUAACCGGAUGGAAAUUCGGGGCACUUCAAUUGGACAGUCGAUUUUUGACUCACGAACUUCUAAAACUUAUCAUGAGAGGAUUGAAUUUCCUCUAAAUUGCUCUAAUUCAGUUAAUUUACCCCAAACAUGCCCGGAGAAUUACCCGUCGGUGUUCCAGCCCCAAGAAUCAUCGGCUAGAACUUGCCCAGAUUACUUCCGGUGGAUCCACCAAGAUUUAAAGCAAUGGAAGAGUUCGGGGAUUACAGAAGACAUGAUCGAAAGGGGAAAACCCAGUGCGGAUUUCAGGCUCGUCAUUGUCAACGGAAAGGCCUAUGUGGAGAAGUACAACAAGCCAUAUCAAACCAGGGAUGUAUUUACAAUAUGGGGCAUUUUGCAGCUUCUAAGGUUGUACCCUGGAAAGGUACCAGACUUGGACCUUUUGUUCUAUAGUGGAGACAAGACUAUGAUCAUGAAAAGAGACUACAAAGGACUCAAUGCUACAUCACCACCGCCGGCUUUUCAUUACUGUGGAGAGAAAGCAGCACUGGACAUUGUGUUCCCUGAUUGGACCUUCUGGGGAUGGGCGGAGGUGAAUAUAAAGCCAUGGGAGGAGACGUUGAGAGCAAUAAAGAAAGGGAGGGAGAGGAUAAAGUGGGAAAAGAGGGAACCUUAUGCCUACUGGAAGGGUAACCCAUACGUUGCUAAAGAUCGGGUAGAUCUUUUGAAAUGCAACCUUUCAGAUAAAAACGACUGGAAUGUUCGGAUUUAUAAGCAGGAUUGGGGCAAAGAAAGUCAACAAGGGUUCAAGCAUUCGAAAUUGGAAGAUCAAUGUACCCAUAGAUAUAAAAUCUAUAUAGAAGGAGCAACUUGGUCUGUAAGUGAGAAAUACAUACUGGCAUGUGAUAGCAUGACGUUGUUGAUAAAGCCUAAAUACUAUGAUUUCUUCUCGAGAAGUAUGGUGCCGAUGCAGCAUUACUGGCGUAUCCGUCGCAAAAACAAAUGUAGGGAUCUUAAGUUUGCAGUUGAAUGGGGCAAUAAUCACCCUCAUGAGGAAGCAAAUUUAUCGAAGAGACUCUGACAAUGCAAAAUGUGUAUGACUACAUGUUUCAUUUGUUGAACGAAUACUCGAAACUCUUGAAGUUUAAACCAACAAUACCUUCAAAAUCCCACAGGGUCUGUGCCGAAUCCGCAGCAUGCUUGCAGAAAGGUUUAUGGAAGGAUUUUAUGGUGCAGUCAAUGGUGAAGUCUCCUAGUCAUAAAUUUCCAUGUGCAUUGCCUCCCCCAUAUGAACCUCAAGCCAUUCAAGCUUCUCUCGACACAAAAUACAAAAUAACAAGGCAAGUGGAGACGUGGGAGACAGAAUAUUGGAAAAAAACUAAACCAUAAGAAUCAAUUAUUACAGAUACUGAAAUAGCAUUGAGAAACAGAGGAAUUCCGACCUUUAGACUACAAGGGUUUACUUAGGAUGUUAUAGGAUAUGAUGUCAAGUUUUCUGAUGUAGCUUAGAUACAGAGAAACUAAAAACGGGAAAUACCCCACAAAUUAAUAGAGAUUAUUGAAAAAGGAAACGCCUUGAAUGGAGUUUUGAGUUAUAUAGGAAGGAAUUAAAGAGCUCGUGCUUUGAUGAUGUCCAAGGUCAUCUCACUUGGAUCUGUUGCCUGCAACUCAGCUUGAAUCCCAUCCAACUGUCUCUUGAAUUUGUCCUUGGAGCUUGCAUAAAGCAUCUUACUCCUCACCCUUGACCCAUCAGGUGACCUGUACAUAUAUUAUACACCACCACAAAGGAACAAUAUUAUUGUAACAAUCAGUUUGAGUUAUUGGUAAGGGAACAAUGUGUUUGUCUUGGUACCAUGCAAAGAAGAAAAUCUUGCUUUUCUGACAAUUCUCAUCUGUGGUAAAAUCAUAGUCGAAGACAGCAUAGCGGCAUUCAUGUUCGGGCAAGGAGUUGGUGAAAUCUUCGUAAGUUUCUUGGGGACCUCCCAACUUGUCUACGAUCACCUGUUGUGUCUGCUCGUCGAUCUUGUACACGAUGAAACGAUAAUUUCGUUUUGCUUUUAGUUCCAAAAACUUCAGCUUGCAAUCAUCGUUCACAUACAUUCCAGAUGAUGAAUUUGCCUAUUUAUAGCACCACAUAUGUAUUAACACCACUUAAUAAUAAAUAACAUGCAAUGUUAAAACCGUGGUCAUUA